ACUUCCGGUUAAUUAGCAUAUCUUUCGCACAUGCGCACCCGGAUGGAGUUCCUCGUGUAGUCCGCCAUGUUUUGUACUGUGUUAAUAAAAUAGGUGAAUAAAAAGCCUUCAAGUCAACUUAUUACAUGGUGUCAGAAGCAAAUUGAAGGAAAAUCACUCUCAAACAUACCAGGUCGGUAUUUUACGAGAAAUCUAGCAAGUUUACACAAGGAAAAUGGCCGAACUCACUGGACUCACUAGCCCUCGUAUGGACUGGAAUGCAACCGAUCUUCAACAAGCGCUAAAAAAGUUCAAGGCAACCGUCGAAUUGUACUUUUCUGGCCCGCUUAAGUCCAAAUCGGAGGAAGAAAAGGUCAGUUAUCUGUUGAUAUGGACGGGAGAAGAAGGAAUUGAAUUAGUUUCUACGUGGUCGCUAACCUCAGACGAGAAGAAAAAGCUGUCAACUUACUGGGAGAAGUUUGAAGAAUACGUCGCCCCCAAGAGCAAUUUUCGCUUAGCACGAUUUAAACUACGCACUCUGAAGCAAAAGGACGAUGAACCAGUGGAUUCAUUUAUAAAGAAAGUAAGAUUGCUAGCCAGCGAAUGCAGGUAUGAUAAUGUAGACGAACACAUUAUUGACGCUCUAAUUUUCGGGUCUCGCCGCCCACGUGUCCAGGCUAAACUCCUCGAGUUAGACAAAACUCUAACGCUCGCUAAGGCAAUAGACAUAGCCAGGACUGAGGAAGCCACUUCGGCUCAGUUACAAGAUAUUAGAGGCACAAACACUAUACCUGUACACGCAACAACCCACAAAAGCCCUUCUUCACAUCCCAAGACACACUCACGUGAAAAUAAACAAAUACAAACUUGUGGGAACUGUGGCACUAGCCAUAAUGUGACACAAAAAUCCCUGUGCCCCGCAAAUGGAACAAAAUGCAGCAACUGUGGGAAACCAAACCACUGGGCCAAGGUUUGCCGUUCCACCAAACCCCAAGGUCCCACCCCGAGGGGAAGAGGCAGGCGGGGAAACCGGAACAAAUCAAAGCAACAGAUAAACACCCUCAGCAAUGAGAAUGCUAGCACUGCACCUGAGCCCCUAGAUUCCCCACAGUUAUAUUUUCACUCUCUGACCAUUGAUAGUAUGUCUCGACAGAUCACUCAAGCGCUCGUCAACAUACAGGUUAACUCGAGUAACGGGACACUACCACUAUUAUGCAAGAUUGACACUGGUGCUGAAGGAAAUGUGAUCCCAUUAAGCAACUACAAGCACAUCUAUCCAGAAUCACUCUGCGACAUAGACGGCAAGCCCCUCAGCUUAGCCCCAUCAGAUACAAGGAUAACAGCAUAUGGAGGCCAUGAAGUACAACACUACGGUACCUGCAACCUCACUUUACUACAUAACGGUCAGUCCAGCCCUCAUGAAUUUCAUGUUGUAAACACGACAGGACCUACAAUCCUAGGACUACCCACAUGUACUGCAAUGAAGCUUGUAACCCUUAACCACAGUCUAAGCAAAGACCAGGCUGAGCCAGCCGAAAUACGACCAGCUCAAGUACCCAAGGAUGACCCUGAGGCAAAGGCAGCUCUACUAAGACAGUAUGCUGACUGCUUCGAAGGCAUCGGAUGCUUCAGCGGAGAGUUCCAUAUCACACUUGACCCUACAGUACCCGCUGUGGUUCACCCGCCACGACGAGUCCCUGAAGCACUUCAGGAGCCUCUGCGCAAGGAGUUAGAAUCCCUCGUACAGCAAGGAAUCAUCACCAAGGUUGAUGAACCCACUGACUGGGUCAACUCGCUAGUCUGUUCCACAAAGCGGAAUGGCUCCAUACGACUCUGCCUUGAUCCAAAGGACCUCAACUGCGCCAUCAAACGUCCACAUCAUCGUACACCCACUCUUGAUGAAGUCUUAUCAAAGCUAAGUGGAUCCGAGUACUUCUCCAUAGUUGACGCCCGCAGCGGUUAUUGGAACAUAAAGCUUGACCAGGAAAGCUCACUCUAUACAACAUUUAACUCUCCCCAUGGAAGAUUCAGAUUCCUACGACUACCCUUUGGUCUGAUUUGUGCUCAGGACAUCUUCCAAAAGAAGGUCGAUGAAACCUUUGGUGACUUACCUGGGGUGACAGGCAUCACAGACGACAUAGUUGUUUACGGACGCAACCGUAAGGAGCAUGACUAUAACCUGAAAGCAGUAAUGGAGCGUGCCCGUGAAACUGGUCUGAAAUUCAAUGCUGACAAAUGCAAAAUUGCCAGCAAGGAACUUGUCUUCUUCGGACACACCCUAAGUGCAGAUGGUCUGAAACUUGACCCUGCUAAGGUUGAAGCCAUCAACAACAUGGAUCCUUCAACGAGCCUCACAGAUCUCCAAGUCUUCCUAGGUAUGACGCAAUACCUUAGCCGUUUCAUACCCAACCUCGCUUCAACAGCAGCGGUCCUCUGGGACUUGACAAGGAAAAGUAGUCAAUUCCAGUGGUGCCCAGAACACCAGAAAGCUGUAGAUGACAUCAAGAAACUCAUCACAUCGCCAGCCUCGCUGCAGUAUUUCGACAGCACCAAGCCUGUCGUAAUCCAGGUGGAUGCAUCUCAACGUGGCCUCGGCGCGACACUCAUCCAAGAUAAAGGCCCUGUGGAGUACAGAAGUAAGCUACUCACUGAAACCGAGAGGAGGUACUCCAACAUAGAAAGGGAAAUGCUUGCAGUCGUCCAUGGUCUCGAGAAAUUCCACUACUACGCUUAUGGACGCCACGUCCAGGUCCACACGGACCACAAGCCACUGGAGGCAAUAUUCAAAAAGCAUCUGGCCAGCGCGCCACCCCGCAUUGCCAGGAUGAUGCAACCAGAUGUUCUACAGCAGCUACACUAUGCACACCAGGGUGCGGAAAAAUGCAAGCUCAGAGCUAAGGGAUCAGUCUUUUGGGCGAACAUCAAUGCCGACAUCGACAACAUGGUCAAGAGUUGUGCUCCCUGUCAGCAUAAUCAGUCCAUGAACACUAAAGAACCGCUAAUGCCUCAUGAUGUUCCACCAAGGCCCUGGCACACCCUAGCAUCUGACUUGUUCUCCUGGAACGGUUCACCAUACUUACUACUCUCUGAUUACUACAGUAAGUUCCCAAUUGUGCGCAAGCUAACUAACAUCCAAUCAUCUACUGUCAUCGCUCACCUCAAAGGAAUAUUUGAGGAACAUGGCAUACCAGACAAACUUGUCACAGGACAUGACACCCAGUUUACGUCUGCUCUAUUCAAGGGUUUCAGCAGCACCUAUGGAUUUAUUCAUACAACUACAAGCCCAUACUACAAGGAGGCUAAUGGCUUCAUAGAGAGAAAUGUGCAAACUGUCAAGGAUCUCCUUCAAAAGUGCAAGGAAUCAGGGCAAGACCCACAUCUAGCCAUGCUGUGCCUGAGAACAACCCCCUUGGGUCACACCCUGCCAUCACCAGCAGAGUUGCUAAAUUCCAGAAUAUAUCAGUCUAACCUGCCAGCUACUUCCAGGCAUGCACUACUGAACAAACCUGACUAUGAUGCCAAUGUCAAGCUGCAAGCCAGACAAGACCGACAGAAAUCAUAUUACGACAGGACUUCCAAGUGUCUACAGCCUGUCUACCCUCAAGACGCUGUCAGAGUCUUCAACCCCCUCAACUCCAAAUGGGAGCCAGGAAUAGUUCGAGCCGCUGCGCCAACCCCACGCUCGCACAUUGUGGACAUGGCCAAUGGCAGUACUCUCACCAGAAACCGCAGACACAUUCGUCCCACAGGUGAAAAACUAAGCUUGAAUAAUACCUCAGCUACUGAUGACUACGAGCCUGUAUCAGAACCAGCACCUAACGGCAACCAACCCCCAACAGAGCCAAGGACAUCUACACCUGGUACCCCUGCGAAGUCCACACCUACCCAAAGUGGUCCACCAUUACGCAGAUCAACACGGACAGUGAAGCCCCCAGACAGACUGAACUUGUAGCAUUUGCUACACAAACAUUAGAUAUUGAACUAUGUUAUUAUUAGUACUGCAAAGUUCUUUGUUUUUUUUUUUUACACCCCUAAUUGGACACUAUCAGUCACAUUUGUACUCAUGUAAUUUUUCAGCUUUUCAGCUUAGAGAAGGGGAUGUUGUAGUUUUACUUCCGGUUAAUUAGCAUAUCUUUCGCACAUGCGCACCCGGAUGGAGUUCCUCGUGUAGUCCGCCAUGUUUUGUACUGUGUUAAUAAAAUAGGUGAAUAAAAAGCCUUCAAGUCAACUUA